CGAUGUGCCUUAGAAGUUGCAGGUGAAACUGAAAAAGGAAAAGUGAAAUAGAGUCAAGAAUGUAUGAACAAAACAGAAAAAGAUAAAAGACCAUAGAAUGCACCUGCAGUCACGUGUCAGUUAUGGCAAGCUUUCUGAUUCUACUACCACCAACUCUUUUUUCCUGAUCAGAGUGCUAGUGAUUACUUGACAUAACAAGCCAUGGUUCUAGGCAUGAAAGCUAAGAACAGAAGAAGUGGAAGCAUUCAAAUUGAUUACCUCAUUCAUCUUAAGGAGAUUAAGCCAUGGCCUCCAACACAAUCCCUAAGAUCCCUUCGUUCCGUACUCAUUCAAUGGAAGAAUGGAGAAUCUUCAUCCGGUUGUACCAAACUCGUUUCUCCUUCACUCGGUUCCGUUAUCGGCGAAGGUAAAAUCGAAUUCAACGAGUCGGUUAAGCUUUCUGUUACGUUGUUAAGGGACGUGGCUGUUAGAGGCGGUGAUGCUGACGUGUUCCAGAAGAAUCUCUUGGACCUGAACUUGUACGAACCGCGACGCGAAAAGUCACAGUUGUUGGCAUCUGGAACCAUAGACUUGGCAAAUUUUGUGAUGCAUAAGGAGAGAUUCGAAGUUACUGUGCCUAUGAACUGCAAGAGGAGCUACAGAAACACAGAUCCGCCAUUGCUGUUUGUUAAGAUUCAGCGAGUAGAAAAGAGUCGCGGUAGCUCUUCCUUGAAGGACAGGUUUUCUACAGAGGAUUGCAAGGAAAGAAACAAUAGUAAUGGUGGAGGCUCUGUUUCGGAUUUGAUCAGUGAAGAAUAUGCUGAGGAAGCUGAGAUUGCUUCUUUCACUGAUGAUGAUGACGAUGAACACUCCUCACAUUCAUCGGAAAAGAAUGGGGCAGAUAGACAAAUUUACAAUACAAGUAUGUAUGAGAAGAAGAAUUCCUUGGCUUCUGAUGCUUCCGUAUCUCACUCUCUUAACCUUAAUUCACUAUCAACUCAAGAACGUGUUCUGGCACGUGCUGAUUCAGAUUCUUCAUCCUCAUCUUUAGUUUUUAGUUUUGAUCUGAAUUCUAAAAGCAGGACAAGAAACAGUGAAAAUGAAAAUUUGGAUCAGAAUGUUCAUGAAAAGGUGGCUGCAGAUGUUCAAAGGAAGAGCAAAGAAAAUGCUUCUAUCAUUAUUAAUUCAGGGAACACAUUAUCUCAAAGUAGUAGUGUUUACAAAGGCGAGAAUCCUAGCUACGAAAACUGUGAUAAUUGUGAAAGCAAUGAGAAAUUAAAUGGGAGAUAUGAGAAAGGAGAUGAACAAUUGGUAGCACAAGGUCCCAAAGAUCAAGUCUCAUUUGAUAGUACUAAGGAUUCUACUGACAGACUAAAGAUCUUGCAGCUUGCGCAAUCCCCGGCAGACUCGGCUUGGAAAACUGGAUUGUUUGGUACAAAUCACUAUGUUGAAGUAAAGGAAAAUGGUGGUCUUGGAGAUUCAAGAAAUAAUGGAGGGAAUGUCCGAAAGGUUUAUCCAAAAGCAACAAGAAAUGGUUGUUUAGAUGGAAAAAUGGAGCACUUGGAAAUGAAGAUAAAGAAGCUUGAAGGAGAGUUAAGAGAAGCAGCUGCUAUUGAGGCUGCUUCGUAUUCAGUGGUUGCUGAGCAUGGAAACUCCAUGAGUAAGGUCCAUGCGCCGGCUCGGCGCCUUUCCAGGCUGUAUCUUCAUGCUUGCAAAGAAAAUAUUCAAGGAACAAGAUCUGGUGCUGCUAAAAGUUCUGUUUCUGGAUUAGUACUUGUUGUGAAGGCUUGUGGAAAUGAUGUCCCAAGGUUAACAUUUUGGUUGUCUAAUACAAUAGUGUUGAGAACAAUUGUAAACCAAUCCAUCAAAGAUUCAGUUCAAUCAAAUAAUUCUGGAGUUACCCGCGGAAGGAAAUGCAACGGUGACUUGUACGGCAAGAUAACCUCCACGGCUACGAGAUUGAAGGGAUACCACCCUGCAAAAAAUGAACAUAGAGCAAUAGGCUAUGCAAGUUUUGGUAACUGGGAGGAUCCACAGGUGUUCAUAUCAGCACUGGAAAAAGUGGAAGUUUGGAUCUUCUCUCGCAUUGUUGAAUCUAUCUGGUGGCAGACUCUGACUCCACAUAUGCAACCUAUUGCUGCAAAAUUGGCACAAAAGGAAGUGAAUUCUGCCUCAAGAAAAAACAAGAGAGGAAAAUCUAACUCAUAUGAGAAAGAGAAAGGGGAGGGGAACUUGCCACUUGAUAUUUGGAAGAAAGCAUUCAAGGAAACCUGUGAAAGGCUCUGUCCUAUUCGAUCUGCAGGGCAUGAGUGUGGUUGUUUGCCUAUAAUCCGUAGAUUGAUAAUGGAGCAAUGCGUGGCAAGAUUAGAUGUGGCUAUGUUCAAUGCAAUUCUUCGCAAGUCUUAUGAUGAAAUCCCAACUGAUCCUCUAUCGGAUCCCAUUACUGAUCCAAAGGUUCUUCCCAUUCCACCUGGGAAAUCAAGCUUUGGAGCUGGUGCACACUUAAAAACUGUGAUUGGGACAUGGUCUAGAUGGUUGACUGACCUAUUCGGCAUGGAUGACGACGACGACGAUUCAGUAAAGGAAAAAGAUGACAAUGAAAAGAAUAAUGAGAGACAAAUUACAUCUUUCAAGUCCUUCAAUCUUCUUAAUGCACUUAGUGACCUUCUAAUGCUUCCUAAGGACAUGUUGUUAAGUGCAUCAGUUAGGAAAGAGGUAUGCCCAAUGUUUAGUGCAACACUUAUUAAGAAGAUUCUAGACAGUUUUGUGCCAGAUGAGUUUUGCACUGAUCCAGUUCCCCCUACUGUUUUUGAUGCUCUGAAUUCAGAGAGUGAUACACAGGAAGGAAACGAAUCUGUCCUAAACUACCCAUGCAUUGCAGCUCCAAUUAUAUAUUUGCCUCCACCGGCAACUUCCAUUGCAAGAAUUGUUGGGCACUUUGGAAACAAAUCUCAGUUGAGAAGAAGUAGAUCUUGUGUUCUAAGUAAAUCAAACACCAGUGACGAUGAGCUCGACGAAUUGAAAUGCCCACUAUCCUCAAUAUUCUUCUUCAGUGGUUCCUUGUCCUCAUCACAAGUUUCAGCUAAACCGAACUUGAAGUCAAAAGAUGAAUCUCCAGUUAGAUAUGAACUCCUCAGGGAUAUUUGGUUGAAUAGUGAAUAAAUAUUAAAUAGUCUUCGCUUGCAUGCUAAUAUUUUUUUAUAGUUAGAUAAAUACUUUUUU